AUGGAAGAAUCUCUGCACAUAGCCAUGUUUCCAUGGUUUGCUAUGGGGCACUUAACCGCAUAUCUACAAUUAUCUAACAAGUUAGCCAAAAAAGGACACAAAAUCUCCUUCUUCGUCCCCACAAGAACACAAUCCAAAUUACAACAUUUAAACCUUCAUCCUCAUCUCAUCACCUUCGUUCCCAUCACCAUUCCUCCCAUUGAAGGUCUUCCACAUGGUGCAGAGACAACCGCGGACGUGUCUGACUCUUUGUUCCCACUCAUUAUAACAGCCAUGGAUCGUAUUGAGAAAAAAAUUGAAAGUCUUCUCAUUGAUCUACGCCCAAACUUCGUCUUCUUUGAUAUUUCUGCUUAUUGGUUACCAAAGCUAGCUCAAAGUUUGGGGAUUAAGACUGUUCAGUACUGGACUGUUUCUGCAAUAUCAAUAGCUUACAUGGAAUCAUUAAAGAGACAAUAUCAUGGAACAAAAUUUUCUGCGUUUGAUCCCAUGCAAACUGUUAUUGGACUGUCUGAUUCGACCAUUAAGCUUUCUGUCUAUGAAGCACGAGCAUUGGGUAGAGUCUUGGAAUCUGAGUUUGGUACUGGUGUUCCUUUCAUUGAUCGAAUGGUUAAUUCUGGCUUGCCAGACGCUAUUGGAUUCAGAAGUUGCAGAGAGAUGGAGGGUCCUUUUCUAGAUUAUUUGGAAACCCUACAUGGAAAAUCUGUGUUGCUUUCUGGCUAUCUUACGCCAGAGCCACCUACCUCCCCUUUAGAGCACAAAUGGGUUCAUUGGCUUGGAAGAUUCAAGCAUGGUUCAGUAAUUUAUUGUGCUCUUGGAAGUGAAUGCAUAUUACAACCCAAUGAAUUCCAAGACUUGUUGUUGGGUCUGGAGCUCACAGGUAUGCCAUUUUUGGCUGCUCUAAGACAACCAAUUGGAUUUGAGACAGUUGAAGAAGCUUUACCAGAAGAGUUCAAACAAAGGGUUGAAGGUAGAGGGAUGGUACAUGGAGGAUGGGUACAACAACAAUUGAUUUUGGAACAUCCAUCCGUAGGAUGCUUCAUUACACAUUGUGGGUCAGGUUCUGUAGCAGAGGCACUAAUGAAUCAUUGCCGGUUAGUUUUAUUACCUAAUAGAGGGGAUCAAUUCUUCAAUGCAAGGUUGGUGAGUAGAAGUUUCAAGGCUGGGUUUGAAGUGGAGAGAGAUGAAGAAGAUGGUUCCUUCACAAAAGAAUCUGUUUGUGAAGCUGUGAAGAGUGUGAUGGAUGAUGAAAGUGAGGUUGCUAGGGAAAUCAGACAAAACCAUAGCAGAUUGAGAAAUCUCUUACUUAGCAAUGAUUUGGAGUCCACUUAUAUUGAAAGCUUCUGUCAAAAGCUUCAAGAUUUACUCAAAUGA